AUGAGAUCAUCCAGAACCCAAAAACCACAAAACCACAAAACCCAAAACCACAAAACCCAAACCAGCCCAUCCACGACGACCCACGACGCUCGAACGCACGAUCGACGACGCGAUCGGGCGCUCGAGACGAUCGCGCGCGCGCGCAUCGCAACGUGCGGUCCACGCCGCAACAUUGUCACCUUCUCUGGCGGCUGCAGUUGGGGUCAACCGGGAGCCCACCAGAGCCCCAGCAGGCUGAUGCAGCCCGUUGCAGCUCUGCGCACGAAGUUGCCUCUGGCAGCCCGGAUGACAUCAGCGGGUCACGCGAGCGACUGGAUGUGUGGCUUGCUUGGCCCCAUCUGGCACAGGCACGCCACUUUCGCGAAGAUCGAUCUCCUCCAGGAUGAGGGCGCUCAGAACUAUGCUGUCCAUGCACGAGCAGUAGCAGCAGGAGGAACUUCUGAAGCUGCACCCUCGAGAAUGUUCUGUCACCAGAACCUCCUGGCACAGGGGAGCUGCUGA